AUGAAACUGACGAUCGGGAAUGAGGCGUAUUUGAUAAACGCCAGUGACUUAGACACUGAAUCUGAGCCUGAGGGUGAUGAUCCUGGUGAUCUUAGUGCCAGUAGUAGUGAUAAUAAUGGGGCUGCUGGUGAUGGGCCCGCGCCCCGCCAUGUGGUGGCUCGUGCAAGAGGACCACGUGGUCGACCACGUGCAAGAGGACCACGUGUGCCAGAUCGAGAUUGGAGUCCACAUGGACAAGCAAGGGCCAGGUUCCCUUUCACUAGCAAUCCUGGCUUGAAGGUGAACAUUGACGACCCAGAGGAUCCUCUGGAGUUUUUUGAACUCUUUUUCAAUGAUGAGUUGAUUGAUCUGAUCGUAACUCAGACCAAUCUAUUUGCCCAGCAGUUCAUGAAUGACAAGGGACUUGGACUGAAACGUCGCUCUCGGGCUAAACAAUGGGAAGAUACUACUGGUGAUGAGAUGAGGGUUUACUUAGGCUUGUAUACAACCCCCUGGAGAAGAAGAAGGGCUGAGUAUCAGCAGUAUUUUUCGAAGAGGGCUUCCCUGGAUACACCCUUCUUCCGUGAUGUAAUGGACUAUGACCGGUUCGUCCUCUUGAACAAGUUUUUGCAUUUCGCAGACAACACCAAAGCAGGAGACGAUGAUACCAUUCCAUGUAAGCUGUACAAAUUGUGGCCAAUACUCCAGCACUUGAAGAGAAGAUUCUCAGAAGUUUAUCAGCCAGAGAGGGACGUAGCUAUCGACGAGUCCCUUAUGCUGUGGAAGGGAAGACUGGGGUGGGAACAGUACAUCCCUUCCAAACGUGCACGCUUUGGGAUAAAGUCGUUCGAGAUAUGCAAGUCCAGCUCAGCCUACAUCUUGGACUUCUUUGUUUACACAGGGGAGGGUACGGUGUAUGAUCCAGGGCUUGAUGAGGACCUACCAAUGCGUUCAAAAGUAAUCCUGACACUUGGUCGGCAGUUCUUCAACAAAGGUUACUGUAUCAAUAUGGACAACUUUUUUAGCUCACCUGGUCUUUAUGAUGAACUUUGUGCAAGAAGCACUGAUGCUGUUGGAACCAUCAGGCCUAACCACAAAAAGGUCUACCCAAAGACUUUCUGA